AUGUUUAGUUCCAGGACUAUAACGCUGAUUCUGGCAACUAGUGAUGCCUUUGUUUCUCUGAGGUUCUUGACAUUUUGGAACCCUCGAGGUCGAGGGAGCAACGGUCACUGCUGCGACGGGAAAUUUUUCUUCUGUGGAUCUCAGUGUGACCACAGCUUUACUAUAUGCCUUGAUCGUGCAGAUGGGGUUGCAGACAGUGUCAGUUACUGCUCCUAUGGAAAAACAGUGUCCAGAGAGAUCGCAAACGCCAACCACAUCACGUUUGGUGAUAGGAUAGGCGUGAUUGCCAACCCUGUUGUGUUCAGGAUAAAUAGCUGGCCGGGACGUGCUCGAUUAAAGAUUCAUGUCGUUGACGUCGAUGAGCACACUUUUGAUGACGAUGUUGACUUCCUGCAAACAGUUAUGACCCUGUCACCCGUGGACGGUCGCAGUAGAGUUCAUUUUACGCUAAAGAACAGAGUACAACUAGCUAUUGACGCUCAAAUCUACUGCGGACAUCACUACUAUGGUAGUUCGUGUUCCCAGUACUGUGCUCCUAGGGAUGACUUUGUGGGACAUUACACUUGCGAUCCUCAAUAUGGAACUAAAAUAUGUUUAACUGGUUAUACUGGUGACACCUGCAGCGUUAACGUUGAUGAUUGUCUCCCUUCUCCUUGUCACAAUGGUGCAAUUUGCCAUGAUCUUGUCGACGAUUUCCUAUGUAGUUGUCCAGAUGGUUUUACUGGAAAACUCUGUGACGAAGACAUUAAUGAGUGCCAGCUUAGCCCCUGCAAGAACAAUGGAACAUGCGUGAACACUGAUGGUGGACACCACUGCGAUUGUUUGCUGGGUUUCCAUGGCAAUGAUUGCUCAUUGGAUGUUGAUGAGUGUAAUCAAUAUCCAUGCAAGAAUGACGGCGUCUGCACAAAUGUUCAUGGCGGAUACAUCAAAAUAUAUUUUUGUUCCACAGGAUACAACUGUGAACACAACAUUAAUGAGUGCCUGGAGGAAAUUUGCAAAAAUGGUGGUACAUGCACUGACCUUGAAGGACAUUUUGAAUGUACCUGCACAGAAUUUUGGGAAGGAAAGACCU